AACAAUAUGACAUUACAAUCUGGCCUAUUAUCAUAUAAGCACAAUGCCUGGCAUCAGUGAGUUUAUUAAAGAACCUGUGGGGGGAGCCACAUCCUGCCCUUCCUCGAGCCCACCAAACAAACACAUCAAACUCCUGCAGUGGGAAACAACCUGUUCACCGCUCCCACAUUCCUGCAGCGAUGCUGGCAUCAUGAAGUGUUCCUCAAACAUCUCUGACAUUCCGAUACAGACAUCAAACCCUCAUCAUCCACAGGACUGAGCUCCAAACUCCUGACGCUUCUUACAGCAGUAGCACUUUAAAACACACUUCUAGAGAGAUCCAUCAUGAUGUUGGAAAUCUACCUGGUAAUGACAGUUGCUGCCAGUGCUGUUUCUCAAGAGGCAGAAGAGCCUGUAUCAUAUAUGCAGUGCACAGAAGGCUAUGAAUAUGAUCCCAUUAAAGAGGUAUGCAAAGAUAUUGAUGAGUGUGCCCUUGUCUCUGAUGCCUGCAAAGGUGGCAUGAAGUGCAUAAACCACUAUGGCGGCUACCUCUGCCUCCCUCAGAAUGCCCAGAUAUUUGUCACUAAUGGAGAUGAAUCAUCCCAGCCCACAGACCCUAUUCCCCAAACCCCCCUGAACCCCACUAAUCCACAAACACGCACCCAGUCAAACCACAGAGGUGUAGCAGCUGGAGCCUCGCAGUGCUUGCCGGGUUUUACACUGGAUGAGCAAAACUACUGCCACGAUGUAGAUGAAUGCUCCCAAGGCCUACACACCUGCAAUGCAGACCAGAUCUGCUACAACACAAGAGGCUCCUACACCUGUCAGUGUCAUCCUGGAUACCAGAAACAUGGAGAACAGUGUGUGGAUAGAAAUGAGUGUAUGCUAUCACACUACUGCAUGCACAGAUGUGUGAACACUGCUGGCUCGUAUUACUGCGAGUGUAAAGAUGGCUACCAGCUCGCCAGCAACAACCACAGCUGUGUAGAUGUGAACGAGUGUGAUCUGACUCAGUCGUGCCAACAUCAGUGUUUCAACCUCUUGGGCUCGUAUAUCUGUCAGUGUGAUCAGGGUUAUGAACUCGCGCCGGAUUCAGUCUCUUGUGUGGACAUCGACGAGUGUGCAUUCUCCAGCUACAUGUGCCAGUAUGUGUGUAUUAACAGCCCGGGUGGAUAUUCCUGCAUCUGCCCAGAGGGAUAUCGGCUGCAGAGAACAAGAAUGUGUCAAGACAUCAAUGAGUGUGACACAGGUCACGAGUGUAGGGAAGAUGAGAUGUGCUGGAACUAUUACGGAGGUCAUCGCUGCUACCCUCAGGACCCGUGUCUGGAGCCUUACGUGCUGACGUCGGAAAACCGGUGUUCGUGCCAGUCUGCGGGUGCGUGUCGAGGCCUGCCGCAGUCUAUCAUUUACAAAUACAUGAGCAUUCAUUCAGAGCGCACCGUACCAGCAGAUAUCUUCCAGAUUCAAGCCACAAACAUCUUCUCCAGUGCACACUACACCUUCAGGAUUAAAGCUGGCAACGAUGGAGGAGAGUUCUUCCUUAGGCGGUUCAGCAGCGUUGGUGCGAUGCUGGUCUUGACCAAGUCCCUGGAGGGCCCACAGGAGCUGAUCGUUGAUCUGGAGAUGAUCACUCAACACACAGCAAUGAACUAUCGCUCAAGCUCUUUCCUGCGGCUCACCAUCAUCGUGGGACCCUACCCCUUCUAACAAUACUGCUGCUUCACACAUUUAUACACAUCCAGACUGCUUGCAUUAAAGUUACACGCAGCAACGGUGAGAUGUUAUGAACUGUUCUAAUGUGUCUUCGUCUUGCAGUCAUCAUAAAAUAAGCGGACUCUUAUUCAGGGCUCCAGACUGCCACUAAAAUGGUUGCUAAUGUGACAAAGAAAAUUGACAUUUUAUGACGAUAGUUUAAAAUCUAAACACUUUAUUGGUUUGUCAUAUUUUAUCAUUGUCUGAGGCCGAGUCGCAGAGGGGUCAUGAGCAGGGCAGAUGGUGUAGAGAGGAUAUUUAGUUUGAUGGAUCUUCUUGAAUGGAUGCUUUUGAAUGAACAUCUACUGUAUAUGAAGGAUGGGUGAUGGGACAAUAAACAUACGUACAAUUUCUCAAGAGCAAUUUUUAAAGGGGACACAAAUAAUACAGCCAAAAUUGUGCUUGUACAUAGCAUGGAGACCAUGUUUAAAACUGAGUUUGGUUCAUAGGUUCACCACGCGGUCAUAUUAUAAUUAUUAAAUUAUUUUGUGUCCUCCACAUAGUAUUUUAGUUUUCGUCUGGGACAGCAAGCCCACUGCACUUAACAUCAUAUUGAGCAAAACCCAACACAUCGGUAGAUCUACAAUAUUAGCCUAAUGCCGUUGACCCCAGUCCUGCUAAAAGUUUGCCAACCCCUGGUAUAGGCAUCAUAUGUUGGUUUAAUUACAUUGCUAACCUAUAUUUUGCACUGAUGACAUGAAAGUAACAUGAUUCUGGCUUUGCAUUUCCACAUAAUUCCUCUGCUUUCAAAUAAAUGGGCUUCAGCCUGACAUUAUUCGCUUGCUGAAACACAGAUAUCCAUAUCAACAUCUCAGAGGCUUUAACAAGGAUGAAAAAAUACAACAUUAGUAUCCUGUUAUUGAACUUUUUGGACUUCAAUAAAAAUAGAUGUUUAAUAGUUGACCAUGAUUAUUUGUACACUGAACAAAAACAGUUAAAAAUAAAG